UAUUCUGUUACAUUGUAGCAAAAUGGCGACUGUCAUUCACAACCCCCUGAAAGCGCUUGGGGACCAGUUCUACAAGGAAGCCAUUGAGCACUGUCGGAGUUAUAACUCCCGGCUGUGCGCAGAGCGCAGCGUGCGUCUCCCCUUCCUGGACUCGCAGACCGGGGUGGCCCAGAACAACUGCUACAUCUGGAUGGAGAAGAGGCACCGAGGCCCAGGCCUCGCCCCAGGCCAGCUGUACACAUAUCCUGCUCGCUGCUGGCGGAAGAAGAGACGAUUGCACCCGCCUGAGGAUCCAAAGCUGCGGCUGCUGGAAAUAAAACCCGAAGUGGAGCUGCCCCUGAAGAAGGAUGGGUUCACCUCAGAGAGCACAACCCUGGAAGCCUUGCUCCGCGGGGAGGGGGUUGAGAAGAAGGUGGAUGCCAGAGAGGAGGAGAGCAUCCAGGAAAUACAGAGGGUUUUGGAAAAUGAUGAAAACGUAGAAGAAGGAAAUGAAGAAGAGGAUUUAGAAGAAGAUAUUCCCAAGCGAAAGAAUAGGACCAGAGGACGGGCCCGUGGCUCUGCAGGUGGCAGGAGGAGGCACGACGCGGCCUCUCAGGAAGACCACGACAAACCUUACGUCUGCGACAUCUGCGGCAAGCGCUACAAGAACCGGCCGGGACUCAGCUACCACUACGCUCACACUCACCUGGCCAGUGAGGAGGGGGAUGAAGCCCAAGACCAGGAGACCCGGUCCCCACCCAACCACAGAAACGAGAACCACAGACCCCAGAAAGGACCGGAUGGGACAGUCAUUCCCAAUAACUACUGUGACUUCUGCUUGGGGGGCUCUAACAUGAACAAGAAGAGUGGGCGGCCUGAAGAGCUGGUGUCCUGUGCAGACUGUGGACGCUCUGUCAAUUCUAUGACCUGGGGACUCCAGCAUCCUUCAAGCAAGCCAUUUCCAAAGAAGGUGACAAGACGCAGGAUGAUUUGCUUCUUCUCUUCCUCCUCCUCCUCCUCCUCCUCCUCUUCCCUUGCCCGGCCCCCUCCUGUGCGUGUGUUUCAGCCAACACAGGAGCCUGGAUUGUGGAAAAGCCUCCAGCACAACUCAGCUCACCUCAGAGAAGUCUCGGAAAUGGCCUAAGUUUGUGCAAUAAGAAGAUAUUUUUUUUUUCUUUUUUAAAAUCCUUCAUUACAUUUUCCUUAAGUGUCUGUGAGACAGUACCCAGGUCAGACUGGAAUUGCUCUACAAUAGAAAUAACUGAACACAAACUGACAAAAAAAAAAAAAGUUAACUAUUUUAUUUAUUUCGAUAUUUAAAAGAAAAAAGUGCUGAGGUGGCACAGUAUUUUUGUUUAAAGUACCUUCUACUUCAAAAGUUAAAAGCAAUUUUGUGAAGACGUGGAAUCAAAAGAGUACUUAAUGUAAUAUAAAAACUGCAUAUUAACGCUGAGGAAAAACACCCCACAUUUUUAAUAAGAAAAUAAAGAUCAACUCUGCUCUCUCAGGCUGUUUAAAAAGCCAUUCAUGUAUGUGCUUUAGGUAUUUUUAUUUCUGCGAGUUGGACGUGGUAAGUGAGGAGUGAUAGUUUUUUUUUC